AAUCGAGCUGGGAGCGGGGACGAGGUGGGUUAGGCUCAGCCAGGACCUCCGCCGGCCGGGGAGCAGGGAACCAUAGGGACUCUUCCCUACAGAGCCUCCCCAUCCCUAUAGGGCCCCUAGGGCUGCCGCAGCUUCCAGCAACCCCCAUAAGCCCUAAAAGCCUUCCCUAUAGCUCCCUAAUUUCUUUAUAGGCCCCUAGAACUCUCUAGAGUCCCUAGAGCUUCCUACAGCCCCUAGAGCUCCCAAGAGACCCUACAGAGCCCCUUUAGAUCCCUCAGCACCCCUAUAAACUACUAGAGAGCUCCAGAACCCCUAUAGACCCCUACAGUUCCCUAGCCCCUCUCUAGCUCCCUAUAGGUUCCUGGACCUCCCUUGAUCCCCUCUAGCCCCCGCAGUGCCAGUAGGAUGAACUACCUGCGGCGCCGGUUGUCAGACAGCAACUUCAUGGCAAACCUGCCCAACGGGUACAUGACAGACCUGCAGCGCCCGAUGCCACCCCCACCCCCGCCCGGCCCUGCUGUGCCUCCUGCCUCCCCUGGUGACCGGCCCCCCUCGGCCCCUGGGCCAGGUGGGGGUGGGGGAGGGGGUGGGGGCUUCUUCUCCUCACUAUCCAAUGCUGUCAAGCAGACGACGGCAGCGGCAGCUGCCACCUUCAGUGAGCAGGUGGGUGGGGGCGGGGCUGGGGGUGGGGCCCGUGGGCGCCUCCUGUUGGUCAUCGACGAGCCGGGGACAGACUGGGUGAAGCUCUUCAAAGGCCGCAAGAUCCAUGGGGACAUCGAGGUCCGGGUGGAGCAGGCAGAGUUCUCAGAGCUCAGCCUCGUGGCUCAGGCCAACGGCACUUUCUCAGUGGCCAUUGAGGGGCUGCGUGGCGGGACCAAGGUCGUCAGGACAUUGCGGCCUGACUUCGUGUUGGUGCGACAGCAUGCCUACAGCACGGCACGUGGCGGUGAUCAUCGGGGGCUUGUCAUUGGGCUGCAGUAUGCUGGGGUCCCAGCCCUCAACUCCCUGCAUGCCAUCUACAACUUCUGUGACAAGCCCUGGGUUUUUGCCCAACUGGUUCGCCUGCGUCGGAAGCUGGGGGCUGAUGAGUUCCCACUCAUUGACCAGACCUUCUACCCCAACCACAAGCAGAUGGUGACAUCGCUGCGGUUCCCGGUGGUGGUGAAGAUGGGCCAUGCCCACUCUGGGAUGGGCAAGGUACGAGCAGGUGACUCACAGGCACUGGCGGACCUGGCAGGGUUGGUGGCGUUGACACGGUGCUAUGCCACAGCCGAGCCCUUCGUGGAGGCCAAGUACGACGUGCGGGUGCAGAAGAUCGGUGCUGCCUACAAAGCCUACAUGCGAACGUCGGUGUCAGGGAACUGGAAGACCAACACCGGCUCGGCCAUGCUGGAGCAGAUUGCUGUGUCAGACCGGUACCGGCGCUGGGUGGAUGCCUGCUCCGAGCUCUUUGGAGGCCUUGACAUCUGUGCUGUGGAGGCUCUGCAUGGCAAGGAUGGGCGCGACCACAUCAUUGAGGUGGUGGGCUCCUCCAUGCCACUCAUUGGAGAUCAGCAGGACGAGGACCGGCAGCAGAUUGUGGAGCUGGUGCUGACCCGCAUGGCCCAGGCACUGCCCCGCACCCCCAGCCCCUCUCCUGCCCGUGGUGGGCCCCUCCAGGGCCCCCUUGCCAGUGCCCGGCAGGGCCCCCCACCACAGCAGCAGCGCCCACCACCACAGGGUGCGCCCCCCCAGUCGGCCCCAGCCCCACCAGCCCAGCGACCACUGGUCCAGCCCCGCCCACCCCCACAGGGUCAGCCCCUCCCCGGCCCUGUCCCCACCGUUCCCCGCCAGCCUAGCCCCACAGCCCCAUCCCCCUCCACUGGCCCCCAGACACCCCGCCCCAGCCCCCUCCCCCCUCCAGGCCAGGCCCAGUCUCCCCGGCCCAGCCCCCUCCCUCCCACAGGCCAGGCCCAGUCCACCCGCCCCAGCACCCACCCUCCCCCAGGCCAGGGCCAGUCCCCCCGCCCCGGCCCCCUCCCCCCACAGCCCCGCCCCCCUGCUGGGGCCCAGCCCCGCCCCCGUGCCCCCCCCCAGCCCCGCCCUGUUCCACCCCCCACCACUCAGCAACCCAGGCCCAGCAUCCCAGGUGGGCAAGGUGGGGGUGGAAGACCCCCUCUGGGGCCCCCCAAGCCCCAGGCAGCCUCGAAGCCUGGCUCGGAUCCCCUGGCCCCACAGCCCCAGCUCAAAGCCACUGGUGGUGGACAGCGCUAGGCCAGAUGGAGAGCCUUCACCAGCCUCUUUGUCACUGGAGAGUGGGACCCCAAAACCUGGGGGAGACCCUGAGACUGCUGGGGGAUUCCUUCCCCAUUACCCUGGACCAAGACCUCCUGCCCCUCCCCUUGUUUGGCCUGAGGCCUGGGGUGACCCCCCAAGAGUGCUAUGGGGACCCCAAAAUCAGUGGUGGCCCCCAAAAGCCAAGGCAACCCCAAAGCUGCCAAAGGACUGCCCCCAUUGCCCAGGACCCCCCAACCUCCCUCCACUGGUUCCUGUAUUCCUCGUUGCUUGGCAUAGCAAAUGGAGGACCCCAAAGAUUCUUGGGGGACCUCAAAAUCAAUGGAGAGCCUCCAAAAACCAAGGGCAUCCCACGACUGCUGGGAAACAACUCCCACUGCCAAAGACCACUCCCAGUCUCUGUAUUCCUCCCCUUGCCUAUUCUAUGGAAUGGGGGAACCCCAAGGGCACUGGGGAGGUCCAAAAACCAAGGGGCCCCCCCAUUUCCCAGACCCCCCCACCCCUGGAGACCCCCUGCACCUUACCAUGCUUGGCCUGAGGACUGGGGUGACCCCCGUUGCAGGACCCCCAAAAUUCAAGGGGACCCGAAGAUUGUCAGAGAAACCUCCCCUCUUCACCCAGCCCCUUCUCCCUGUAUCCCCAUGCUUGGCCUAGUGAAUGGAGGGACCUCAACAUUGUGGGGGGGCAAAAACAAAGGGGAUGCUCCCAGGACUGCUGGGGAAAUCCCCCACAGACCCCCCCUCCCUGUAUCUCCCACUUACAUGGCCUAUUGAAUGCAGGACCCCCCAAACAAUCAGGAAAACCACCCUCAAACCCCUGCUUGGCCUGGUGAUUGGGGAACCCCUAAACCUGACCCCCCCCCUUUUUUGCUGAUGAGAUGCUACCACCCCACGGAGCCCUCUCGCAACACCCUGGAGCCCUGCCCACCCCCAGCUGAGCCCUGCCCCUUGUGCCCAAAGUCCUUCCCUCUCUGAAGCCCCGCCCCUUUUGCACAGAUAUAUGCAAACCUGCUCUGAGCCCCUCCCCUCCUUCUGGCCCUGUCCCCUGGGAGAAAGUGGGGGCGUCCCCCUCGUGCCUGUGUUUGUGCUGCUGAUGGUGUCUGUGUUGCUAGGCUGAACCAGUAAGCCCCGCCCCCUCUCGAAUAGGCCCCGCCCCCACGCUGGACAGCUCAGAGGUCACCUGUAUUUUUUUGAACAGCCCCGCCUCCUCCACGCUGUUGUGAUCGCACCUCACGUGCCCCUCGGAAAGCCCAUGAGAGCGUGAAGCCUUGCCCCCUCCCUUGUGCGAGGACGUGAGACUCCGCCCAUUUCCUCUUGCGUGAGUGUCAAUCCGCCCACUUCCUUGUGUGAGAGGCUCCGCCUAGUUCCUCAUGCAGGGUUGAGACCACGCCCUCACCAGCUGCUUUGUGCCAUGGCACGAGACUCUGUCCCCCUUCCUCGUGCGAGCGGGCAUGACCCCCCGCUACAUUCCCAGUUGUGCCACAGCCCUGCCGGGCCCCACCCCGUCCCUUAACGCUGGGGGAGGGGCAACCCCAGGUCCCCCCCCUCUUAGCCGUGCCCCUCCGUCGUGAUGCUGUCGCCUGUGGUGUCUGUGUGCCUCGUGGCCGAAGCCAGAGAGACAUAAACUAUAUUAAAGAGAGAUUUAAACACGA